UAAGAAAAAACUGAUGGGUUUAAUGUAGCCUCGUUUGUCUCAUUUUCCCUGCUCUUAGCUUAUGAAGAUUGUGUGAUUAUGGAGAAGAUAUCUCAAGUUAUGCAACAGAAUGAGGUAAUGAAGAAGGGUUUAAGGAAAUUAAUGUUGAUGUUUAUGCUGGAGUGGAAGACUUUUGAGGAGGAGUCUGAUAUGACCAGCAAGUGUUUGCAAGAAUGCUUCAAUGAACUUGAGGUCAGGGAGAAGUACUUGACCUCAGUACAAGAAUCGGUGGCUGAGGGCUCUAAGGAACUUGACUUGAUCAGGGAAUCUUUAGAGCAGAGACGGAAAGAAGUUGAAACAAAAGAAGAGGAGUUUUGUGCAUUCCAAGAAAGAGAAAUCAGGGAUUUGGAAUGCAAGUGGCAAGACUUCAUUUUUGCCAAAAAGGGAUUCGAUGAAGCUGUGAAAUUGAGAGAGGAGAAGCUGAUCGAGCAAGAAAAGAUUGGGGAACGCCUUUUGGAGGAAAUAGGAUUUGAGCAUAAGCAGUUGGAGAAUUUUUGCAAGUCUAGUUUUACGGAGAUUUGUAUGAAGGCCAAGGAGUUUGAGGAGCUCUUGGAGAAGUUGAAUAAGAUUCAGAGUUUGAUUCGCAAAGAAUCAGAUGUCCUUCAGUUGAAAGAGAGAAAUUUCGCUGAACGAAUGGAAGAAUUUCAAGUUAAGGAAAAUAAUUUACAGUCGACGGAGAAGGAACUUGAAAUAAAAGUAAGGAGCUUGGACACCGUGAAGAAGGAACUUAGAGAAAAGGAACAUUACCUAGAUUCCAUUCAGAAGGAACUAAGAGAGAAGGAAACUACUUUGGAUUCUGUAAAGACGAAACUUACUAUCAAGGAAGACCACCUGACCUCAGUGAAGAAGGAACUGGAGGACAAGGACAAGGGUCUGGAUACAAUUAAGAAGAAACUUGAACUCCGCAAGCAGGACUUGAAUUUUUUCGAGGAAAUACUCCAACUAAGGGAGGGAGGGCUCAAUUCUAUUCAAGAGGCAUAUAGGCAGCGAUCAGAAGAUCUUGAUUCUAGGGAGAAGAAACUGAAUUUGGUUCAUGGUGAGUUUCAAUUAGAAAAGGAAAAAUUCCAAACAGAACAAGGAUUCUUCAAGAAAAAACUGAAAGAUGUAGCACUUAAAGAGAAACAGGUUGAGGUGAAAUUUAGAGAGCUUGAACAAAGAGAAAAGCACAUGGAAGAUCGGUUUAAAGUGCUUGAGGAUAAAAUGAAGCAACUGAAAACUAUUGGUAAUGUCCCUAAGAAGACUGAGUCUAUUUAUUUAUACAAUGUAGAAGUGGAAAGAGUUGGUGCUAUCUCUAGUAGUUCUGCUGAUAUAAAACUUGUUGCGACAAUGGACGGGAGGACUUUACAGAUAUUCUUAAAUGAGCACGCAAACAAGCUAGAUUCGUUGUCUGAUGAUGUUUUCAGGUCCCUUCAAUUGUCUCGCAACCCUGCACAGUUGGUGCUUGAUGCAAUGGAAGGGUUCUAUCCUCCCCACUUGAUGAACGGAGAUACAGAGUUUGAGGGCAGUGUUGUCAAGCAUACCUGCAUUUUUCUAUUAGAGCAGUUAAUUAGAGUAUCACCGAAGAUUCAACCUAUUGUGCGCAGAAGAGCAAGGAAACUUGCGAGAGAGUGGAAGGCUAAAAUGAGGGCAAUGACUGGGGAUCAACUAGAGAUCUUGGGCUUCUUGUAUCUGUUGGCUUCUUAUGGUCUGGUCUCUUCCUUUGAUGCGGAUGGGCUUAUGAACCUGCUGACUGUUGUUGCUGAGCAUAACAAGUCAAUGGAGUUGUGUCGUCUUCUUGGUUUCACAGAGAAGAUUCCUUGUUUCAUCCAGAACCUCAUAGCCAAGCAAAAGCAUCUUGAAGCUGUUGAAUAUGCUUAUGCUUUUGAGCUCACAGGCCAUUUCCUACCAAUACCUAUUCUCAAAGACUACUUGAAACAAGUUAUGCAGAUUUCUGAGUGCGUUUGUAUUGGAGAAACGUGCUCAGUCAAAGAAAAGAAUGAAGCCAUUGAACAGAGUGUAGCUUCCAUUAGAGCUGUUAUCAGAUGCAUUAUGGAUCACGAGCUUCAAUCUCAAUACCCGCCUUCACAGCUUGAAGAGUGUAUAGAAUCCCUCACAAGGCAGAAGGCAAAUGUAACCGCAUCAUCUGUCAUUUCUGAGGCUCAGCUGAAACAGGUGGUAUCAAUUAGUCCAUCUGUCCCCACUGAUACCAAGGCCCUCAGCUCUACCUCAUUCUCUGGAACGGCCUCCACUUGCAUGUUAGGUCAUUCCGAUGCUAUGGCUGCCAUCCUUGUGAGCAUGGGCGGAAAGAAUUUGCAGAAUUUUUUAUACAAUCAUUGGAAUGAGCAGGAGUUGUUGCGCAUUGAAAUAUCUAGAGCUCUCAAAAUGUCAUGUGACUCAGGAUUGCUUGUAUUGGAAGCACUUGAAGGAUUUUAUCCUCCGGAACCUCAUAAUGAAGAAAUUUUAUUUGAUCGUAGUGUUAUCAGGAAAAGUUGCAUUCUUCUACUGGAACAGUUGAUGAGGCUCUCACCAGAGAUUAAACCAAAAGCCAAACUGGAAGCACACAAGCUUGCAUUUGACUGGAAAGCAAAGAUGAUAGCUGAAACAGAAAACUAUCUGGCA